AUGCUCUGAUGCACGCUGGAGGAUCCCCGCCUUUAUCGGUCGAGGAGACAUCUGGCUGCACUCAAGAAUUGAACAUGACAUGUCAUGCCAUCGAUCCCUUGUAAUAUCGGCAUUUAAGAUCUUUGAUAUAACUAUUCCGGUUGGCUAGACCUCUCCAAGUCUCCUGUUCUACGUUGCUGGGCUGGAUGGCCACCAUCAGGCCUGAUGGAAAUUUCUGCAAGCUUAUAUGAAAUCCUCUGCACACCGGUUGCUGCGUUCUUAGACCCGACCGACUUCUUGAACGACCUAGUCCCGAGGAACGACGCAGAUGAUGGCCACCACGAUGAGGGCCAGAACCUCAAAGAAGAGCGUAUCGGCGAAAUGGAAGCUACAGAAUCACCGACCAUAUCAAAACCGAACCAAAAUCCAGGGUCUCGAAGCCCUAAUGCAGCGAAGCGGCGAAUGUGGCGCAUCCACGGCAGCGCAGCAGCAGGGACAAGGCUCUUCGCAGUGCCACUCUUCUUGGAGUCCACCGUACCCUUACGGAUCGAUUGCCUGAUACCUGACCAGCGCGAACACUCCAGGAAGGUUCAGAAGAAAUAUCAACCCUCGGCGUUGUGCUGCAACAGAGCAGAUGAUAUACGAUGCUUGCCGAUCGUCACUCGCGUAUUGGAUAUCCUUGAUGAUUGGACUCGCUCUCAGAACAUCUCUGCCACUGACAUCGUGAAUAGCCCCUUCGGAUCGAGUAUCAUCAUUCCCUACCUUGAUGAUGAUGCAGGGCUGAUCCCAGUGCAAUUCCAUAGAAAUCACGAACUGGAACAGCAAAUGCUCCCUUUGGAAGUGUUAAGGAACAUUUGGACGGAGGUACCUUUGGACCAGUGGCCAUCAGUGCUCGAUCUUCAUGAAUUGGACCUGCAACAACAGAUCCAUGAUACCGUAUCGGUCGUUCGCAUACGAAACAAGCCGGAAUAUGGCCAAGUUAUUUUCAAGUCAUCUGUUGAAGGCUGCUUUUAUCUCUAUCACGAGAUCAAAAUCCUUCUAUCACUUCCAAGUCACUCAAACAUCGUCUCUCGCCCACUUUUUCUAGUGACCAAACGCUGCGGCUUCGGAAGUAAAAUCGGGGUCUGUGGGUUCAUUAUCAGAUAUUUUCCGCUCGGUUCCUUGAGAGACAUGCUCCCCAAGCUGCGUCACUCAUCGACCCAAUCAUUGCGCCUGUCAUGCCAAUGGGCGAUUGAGAUUUGCUCGGCAAUGUUACAUGUCAAAAAAAACCGCAGUUACUAUUGUGAUCUGAGAACAGACAAUAUCGUAAUCGAUGGCCCGAAUCUUACGUCCACCACGUCCACCUCCCCCUCCACAAUCUUAAUUGAUCUGGAACAACGUGGAAAUUGGCGGUUCUGGUCACCCCCUGAAGUCUUCUAUCUCGACUACUUGCAGCAUCUCGUCAACUCCGACACGGAAGACGUCCCUCUCGAGUACCGUGCGCAGUGCCGGGAACUGCUAGAUAUCUUCAAGUGUGACAUCACAUCUGAUGCCGAAGACAUGCACUACGAGGCCUAUGCCCUCCAAGGAAUCCAGAAUGCGAAUACCGUUUGGAAUGCGCUGUCUGAAGUCCAGCAAGAGUCCGCCACGGUGUAUAUGCUCGGCAGAUUGCUAUGGUGUCUUUUCGAACACGUCGGCCGACCCAAUCGCAUAGACGCGCUAUGGAAAGCCGGACUCGACGACUCGAGUAUUGAGUUUCCAACAUUCGUCAGCUGCCCUGCGUCAGUGCGGGAUCUCAUUCUGAGGUGCACAGCUGGCGCGCCUGAACACGAUGGCCGACUACCAGCAGUCUAUCGACUGGGCCAAACGGUCCUGCCUCGAGACCGGAGCGCUGCCACCGAUCAGGAAACACUUCACAAGAGCACGGGGUGGUGGAAAGCCGAGCUGCAAGCCAUGGAGAAAUUUCUGAAGGAUCGAGAGCAUCAACGAAAACAUCACAGUGGGGAGAAAAUAUUCGACCGACCAAACUUGGCCGAAGUGCUGGAAGAAUUGAAGAUAUCACAGGCUCUAUAUGAUGCUUGAACUUUUGCUAUUCCACAAUGCAAUACCACAAAACAAAGAACAAAAAAUGAAUGGCUUGCUUUUUAUGUCCCAUACCAGUCCUUUUUCAUCAGGGGUAUUUGAGGGUCUGACCCGAUCCGCUAUAACACCGA